CGAAUGUUCCAGGAAAUGUUGAUCUACGUCGUCAAAGCAUCAGACACUUUAGUGGAAUGAUAAAAUGUAAUCCUCAGGAAACGGAACGGAUUACCGAUGCAGUUGUUCUUGAAUUAAAACCACGUUUGGCUGCGAAAUAUAUUCCUGGACUUCCAGCGUAUAUACUUUUCAUGUGCAUACGCUACAUUGAUUUCGUUGACGAUGAAGCACAUGUCGCCGGAUUUCUCUCGGCUGUUACCAAAAAGAUCAAAAAAGUUCCACGAAGAAACGAAGAUAUUGACUACCCGAUUUUAUGGACAGCAAAUACUGUACGAUUUCUUCAUACGUUACAACAAUAUAGCGGAGAAGAAAAAUAUCAAGCGACAAAUACUCCGAAACAAAAUGAACAAGCUCUGAGAAAUUUUGAUUUAACCGAUUAUCGCACAAUUUUUGCCGAUCUUGUUGUUCAUUUAUA